AUGGAGGCCCAACCGUCAAACCGGCGACCGCUUCCUGGUGAUCUCUACCUCCUGAAACUACCAGUGGAUCUUGUACUCGAGCAAAACGAGUCUAUCUCCACACUAGCCACGUACAAGUCAAGCAUCUAUGUGGGCACUACGAAGGGUCAGAUUCUUCAUUUACACUGCUUCGAGGACGCCAGCGAAUAUUUACACAUUUUGCAAUUGCAAGUCACAGAGAAGGAUGUGCUGGUCACAAAGAUUUUGCCGCUUCCAGAUGUGGAGUUGUGUCUAGUGAUCUGCAACAGGACCAUGUAUGUCUAUACACUUCCAGAGCUUCUGCCGUGUCAUAUGGGCAAAAUCAGAGACGUCAACGAUGUGCUGGAGUUGAGCCAGGUGAAGAAUCCGAAAGCAAAGAAUAUCCACGAUAAAGUCAUUGUUUUCACGUCUACAAGGCUACGAGUGGUGCAGUUCGUGCCUCCACAGACAGUCAAACUACUACGAGAUAUUCCGUAUAUGGGGGCAUUGAUGGGAAUUUCUUCUGCAGCUGGAACGCUGGCAAAUUACAGCAACAUCUGCUUAGUCGCCAAUGGCGAGAACUACGACGUGGUCGAUUUGCAGCAGACCAGGAGGAUACCGUUGUUUGAGCAUAACCCAGAGAAAGCCCCCGGAAUUGCCCCUAAUAUUUUGCCAUUUGAUGCUGGAGAUAGUGAAGAAUACCUUCUCUCGGUGAGGACAAACGAAUCAACGUCGAUGGCUAUGUUCAUCAACUCGUUUGGUGACGUGACGAGGGGAACGAUGACCUGGAUCGAUGUAGGCUAUCCGACAAACGGAAUGGCUGUUGUGUGGCCUCACGUCAUUGGCCUUUUUUCUGUGAAUGGAUCGUUGAGUCUAACAUUUAGCUCACUUGAAAGCUUAGAAGUGGUUGAAGCUACAAAGGUCGCUCUGCUUUUUGAUGGCAAUGCAUGGGGAGAAGUUGGAAACUUAAUGAUUCAGGGCUUGAAGCACCCAGUGUUCUUCUGCCAUGAGCAAAUUCUGGAUUGGCUUACCAAGACGAACAUUGAGUCCGAAGGUGAUAGGUACAUCUCGCUCCAAUCGGCGAAUGUCGUGCUUCACAACGACAAAAAUCUAUAUUACAUGUAUCAAGAGAGCACCACGUAUACCAAAUUGCAGGCUAUAUUGAAGGGACUCCAAACCACCGAUUCUGCAUGGAAACUGUCCAUAAAAGACCUUGAAGGAGAAACUGGCGUUCUCCGCCUUAUUCAUGUGAUCCUUUUACUCGCCACUGGUAAAAUCACUGAUGUUAAGGAUAAGCUUAUCGUUGGCAUUGAUCCUAGAGUACUCUUGUAUCUCAUCGGAGACUUGGGUCUUGGAAAGGAGAUUUAUGAGGGUUUCUAUUUGGAAAAGGCGGUGUGGUUUGUUCUCAAUCACUUUAGACCAUUACAGGUUGAGGAAUCCUUCAAAGAAGCAUUCAUCAAAUCCACAUACGAUUUGUGUGAAGUUGAAGGCGCCCUUUUCAAAUCGUUGCGUGUGAUGAUGUAUCAGAGAUUGAGGUGUGCUAGGCAAGCUAUUGAAAUGGUAGCUUCAGAAAAAGAGAAGGCACUCUGGGUCUCUAAUGAAUCGACGAAUCUGAAUAUCCUUGACGUACUUGAUAACAAGGACUGGAUUACUGUGAAGCUUGAAGUAUUGCUCUUGAGGCAGACACAUGAAAAGGCUUCGUCGACGACUAAUGAACUCUCUCAGGAGAUUACUGAUGAACUCGCUCAGGAGAUUACCAGUCUCGCUUUUAAAUUGCUCGAUAAGAAGAUUGAUAUAGGCAAUUUGGAGAUCUCUGAUGAUGGCGUGGCAACUCAAGAUGGCUAUUCUAUUGAUUUGGUCGAGGUAAUCUUAACUCAAUUGAAGGAGAAUUUUGACAACAGCGAAAUGUACAAUCGGAAUCUCUUGGAGCUCCUCAAGCUUCAACCCCAGAGAGGACUUGCUUUUCUCGAGGCCAACAAGUUUGGGAAGCAUAAAGCCACACAUAAACACAUCUUAGAAGAAUAUUCAAAACUCCACAAUCUAGAUGCGGGGUUUUCUUCUUUGAAGCUUGAAUUUGUUGAGCAGUCAUUAAUCGAUCAUGUGAAGGAGACUGGUGACUUUGAUCCCAGGCUAGCAAAGGAACUCCUUAAUGAGCAGCUUGAAUACCUCGAAAUGCAACGAGGCGAGUUUGCAAACGAUUACGUUAACCUAGACAUUUUACUUACAUCGUUCAAACAUGAGUAUGAUCUUGCCAAUGGACGCGUGCCACAGAUCUACUGGAUAGACUACCUAGGAAUCCAUGGGAAGAGAAGUGAGUGUCAACAGCUUGCCUCAUUUUACGUCAAGAUUUACGAGCUACUUCUUCUAUUGCGUCUUCACAGAGAAGAUGUGCCCCCACUUCCAUCUGAGGGCAGUGAGAGCAUGCAACAUCUUGAUUGUUUAUUCUCUGGCAGGCCCGUGGAUGAAAUUAUAGACGAAUCUAUUACUCGGGCAGACCAAAUGACUUCCAAUUGGGUAGCAGAGUAUGGGAUGCCUCCCACGCCAAAGAAGCUAGUAUACUUCUCCAGCUUAACACUGAAGAUUAAGUCACUUUACAGCAAAAGAGAAAACAACGAUAUCAUAUCUAGCAUCAAAUUAAUGCUCGAGAGGUACUUACGCUUCGAGCAGCCGCUUUCAAGGUAUGAGGCUAUAAAGUUCUUGGUGACUUCGUUUGGCAAAAAAUGUUUCUCUCCUGUUGAAGUUUUGCAACUAAUACCACCAGACUUACCACUUGCAUUUAUCUACGACUACUUGAAAACCGUUAUGGUUAGUAAUGAGUCCGACAAAAUUGAGUCCGACUUGAUUAGAAUUUUAGCGCGCUUGGACUCCAAGCUCAUGAGUAAUGUUGUUGAUGAUUUAAAAAAAGACCUACAAAAAUAUAGCGGUGAAGUGAAGUCAAGCGAGCCUUGA